UAAUUCGCAUGAAAAUCUGUCUCCAAUUGAAUGUAAACCUCGCUACCUUUCUAAAAAAAAAAAAUUCGCGCACAGUACAAGAUUGUAGGUUGCAACACGAGUCACAUCUUUUGACUCCAGCAAAGAGCCUGUGCUGUGCGUACUGCCAUUAAUUCCUUCCCUCGUUCUAACGAUAACCGCUGCGGGAGAAAAAGCUUCUUCAUUUAACCAAGGUGUUGUCAGGUUGCAGUUGUAACCUGCUAUACCAGACUCGCAAUAACCUCUCCGCGGUGUACUGGCUGAACAUGUGUGGAUACCGCGCGAACAUACACAUACCGUGCAGACAGUGACAGAAUGCUGUUGCAAUCAGGCUUGGUGGAACUUGUAUUGCACUUCACAGCAAAACAGUUCGCAAACUGGACUGUCUAAUUUGGAAAAAGAAAGACGACAAUACAUACAGUAUUUUGGGAUUAAUAUAAAAAAAAAAAAUGUUAAAGCAUCCUCUGAAAUUGUCUUUCUGAACAUAAAAAAGUACUUCUGUUUGUAAAAGAAAUAAACUAAUGUAUUAGAACCCUGACGAUCAGAACAGAGAAGUAGAGACUCGUGUCGUUCUAAAAAAAAAUUUUUAUCCAAGUGGUUUGGUGCAAAUUUAUUCUUCUAUAUCAAUCACCACGCCGAGACCCAUUCGUGUCUCUCAUUGGAGAGAUCGCAGUGAAAUAACGGACUCCUUAACAGACGCGAUCACGUCAGAUGAGUCCUUUUCAAAGAGGACCAGGCUAUCACUGAGCUCACACAUCAACCCACAAUAAUGCCUACAGAAAUACAAGCAAGUGGCUGUACAUGUCAAACUACGAUUGGAUUGUCAGGAAUUCGCAGCUAAGCUCUCUUCCCGUUGAGCAACAUCAGUAGCUGUCACCUCCCUCUCUCCAUCCCUCUCUCAUUCCGUGAGGUCCUGUUACGCCACUCCCACUGACCUCCUGACACCUCGUUGCCAUGGAAAGCCUGAGCGAGCUCCAGAACCCGCUCUUGGACAAGAACAGCAAGCACGUCGUCAACGGUUACGGGGGCGACUUCCCUAACAACCAGUACCAGGAGAAUAUUAUCAACUACUUCGUAACCGGCGGGAACGGAGGAGGAGGUGGAGGAGGUAACACUAACAACGGUGCCGUGGCCCACGUGGGACAAAACAACAGCAACGGCAAAAUGAAAGCUCAACAACUCCUGGACGCCACCUCCCUCCAUCUGGCCGUCGAGGCCUUCUACAGGCCGAAUUUCAUCCUGUACAAGGAGGAUGGGGGAGGAGGCGGCGUCAAGGCCAAGGAUUAUAAGAGCGAGUGCUGCGAGACUACCUUCACAGAGAAGAAAGAGAAGGAGAGGGAGGCGUCUGUAGCAGUGGAGACCCCCGGAAGCACAGAGGACCCUCAGGCCAAGCUGCUAGAGGACGGAGACAACGUUAAGAUACAGACUGUCUCCUAUGAGGUGGAGGAGGAGGAGUACGUAGAGUAUGAGACGGACUGCUCCAGUGACAGCGAGAGUGAAGAUAACUUCAUAGUGAUCCCACCCAGAGACCACCUGGGCCUGGCCAUCUUCUCCAUGUUAUGCUGCUUCUGGCCCCUGGGCAUCGCUGCUUUCUACUUCUCCCAGGGGACCAGUAAGGCGGUGACGAAGGGUGACUUCCCGCUGGCGAGCAUCGCAUCCCGGAGGGCACUAUUCCUAGCAGCCCUUUCCAUCACCAUUGGGACAGGGGUCUACGUUGGGGUGGUGGUGGCCCUCAUCGCCUACCUCUCCAAGCCUGGACACGUAUAGCAGUGCCUGACCUCCCGGACCAGACCACCGGGGAAAAGCAGGACAACUAGGAACUGUCUCUUCCUGGAAUGGAACACUGCCACUGGCAUGGAAACUUUUUGGGGACAUAUUCCUCCUUCUCCCUCCAUCCCUCCAUUCUUCUCCUGGACAACCAGAGGAACCACAGAAGAGGAAAGGAAGGAUGAACCACCACUCUCAAUGAACACAGCUAAUGCCAGAGGUUAGAACUGCCAACUCUCCGGAACAUAACAGCGCUCCUAACAAUGGAAACAGUUUUUGGGGCAUGUUCCUCUGUCUUUUUCUCUCUCAUCCAUACAUCUGUCUAUCCUCCCCCUUUAGCUUCCCUACGGGUGGUCCCCGUCAGCAAAGAUUAGAUGAACAGACUGAGAAGGGCAAGGCAGGAAGGGAGGAGGAGGAGGAGGAGGAGAGCAAGGCGAAACCAGGACAGACUGAAAACAGACAUAUUUCUCUGGGAAAAGUUACCUGAGUGAAGUUGAAGAGAAUUGAGUUCUGCCGUUCCGCUGUUCUGCUCCGUUGUCUUCACCCCCCUGUAGGGUGUUUGAACUCUGCUGUGUUCCUCCAACAUUCUACAAACCAUUACAGAAACAGAGACAGACAGGGGAGGGAACAGACAUGGAAAAACAUGGACACCAAUUACUGAGACUUUAGGGAAUGGAGGAACUUCAAGGGGCCCCAGUGUCUGGAGGACUCACUGAAAACAUAAGCUGAAACACUAAAAACCUUGAGUUCUCUGUGUCAUCUGAACUUCUAAACAGGUUUUGAAAAUGUUGACUAUUUGGAUCCCCUGCUACUGACUGACUAUCCAUUUUUUUGAAUAUACCAUCAAAUGCUUCUUCAAUUGGCCUGGUUCUAGGCCUAAUGCUGGGUGGUUUUCUGUCAACAUGAAGACCCUCGUCUGAGAUCCUUUUAGACUAGAGAGAGAGAUAGAGACAGAGAGCCCUCUUCCCACUGAUGGGGUAGUCAUGUAACAGGUCCUUAUUGCUUUCUGACUUUCAGAACUUUAAAGUCAGAUCAAACAUUUGUCUGGCCAAAGGCAUGUUUUCAUCUUAAUAAAGGAGACUAUCUGGGCUAUUGUCAACACACUCAGAACUGUUAAUUACUGUUUGUUGAAAUGACAACAAGAAAGCAAAGCUGCCAAACAUUGACAGAUCUCACAAUUCUAUAAUUAAUUAAUAACAUAAUUAUUGUGUGUGUGUUUUUCUAACUGAACAAACUGUGUUGGCAGAAAUUGAAUUAUCUAAAUUCAAAAGGGGAGAAAAAGCUAAUUUCCUGCUUUCUGCAGAUGAACUGGACAGAUACUGGAGAGAGAUGCAUAGUGCUGAAGUUGUUUCCCUCCCUAAAGCGGCAUCAAUAUCAGUCCAUCAAAGAGAAACGCCAUAAGAUCUAUCUAAUAAUGUCUUGUUUUGGUCCGUUAGGGUUCUGCCUUCCCUCCAUACAUCCGAGCUAGUGUUUCUAUGUGGUUCCCCCUCUAACUUUCUAUGGUACCUUCACUAAACCCUGCCUGAAGGUGUAUUCAGAUCUACUGGCAUGGCCGAACAGUCCUCGAACAGUCCUCGAACAAAGCACUGGACACUUAGUAGUAGACAGAAGACUGUAUUUAUUUUGAUGUUUCCAGUAUUACAGUGUUACAGCAGAGGUGUCCUCACAUCCGGUUCAGUUCCUCUUAAAGUCUUUUUCACUCAGAAAGAAUAGGGCUUAACAUAAAUUGUAACAAAAUGCAGAAAGAACAAAAAUAUAUACAGUACCAGUCAAAAGUUUGGACACACCUACUCAUUCCAGGGUUUUUCUUUAUUUUUACUAUUUUCUACAUUGUAGAAUAAUAGUGAAGACAUCAGAUCUAUGAACUAACUCAUAUGGAAUCAUGUAGUAACCAAAAAAAGUGUUAAACAAAUAAAAAUAUAUUUUAUAUUUGAGAUUCUUCAAAGUAGCCACUCUUUGCCUUGAUGACAGCUUUGCACACUCUUGGCCUUCUCUCAACGUUUCUCAAAUAUUGAAGGUGUUUUGGCAAUAGCGCCACUUUUUAACCAUCUCUAUAAUAUACAGUGCCUUCGGAAAGUAUUCAGACCCCUUGACUUUUGCCACAUUUUGUUACGUUACAGCCUUAUUCUAAAUUUGUAUUUUUUAAUUUUUUAUUGCAUUAAUCUACACAC